AUGGGUCGUAGAAUCAUCAACGCUUCCUCCAAAUACGACUUUGUCAAGGUGAAGGUGUGGUUGGGUGAUCAUGCCGAGCACUACUAUGUUUUUUCCCGGUUUUUGCUCAGCCGAAUGUUAACCGUCACUAAGAUCCCAAAUCAUGCAGCUGUCAAAAUUGCUCUUGAGCUCAAGAAGCUGCUCGUAGACAACAGCCUUCUAGAUGUCUCGCAGUCUGAUUUGGAAGCUAAUAUGUUUAAGCUUAUGGAGCAAAGGGGUUAUGGGGAGGAGUACGUAAAUCAUUACAAGAUGAUGACUAGAUUUCACCAUCAAAGAGUGCCACUAAUUAUUCUUUUAUGUGGAACUGCCUGCGUCGGAAAGUCCACCAUAGCUACCCAAAUUUCACAAAGGCUGAAUUUGCCUAAUGUCAUGCAGACAGAUGUAGUAUAUGAAUUGCUGCGCACGUCCACAGAUGCACCAUUGGCAUCUACUCCUGUGUGGGCACGAGACUUCAGCUCCUCCGAAGAGUUGAUUACUGAAUUUUGUAGGGAAUGCAGGAUUGUUCGUAAAGGAUUGGCUGGUGACUUGAAGAAAGCACUCAAGGAUGGAAAACCAAUAAUAAUAGAGGGAAUGCAUUUGGAUCCGAACAUUUAUUUAAUGGAUUAUGAAAAUAAACCAUCAUCUCCUGUGGAAGAGAAAACUCUGGAGGCAAAUGAGUGUGCCUGCACGGAAGAAGGGACAACAGCUAACAAGGUUAACAAAGUUUCAGACUACCUGGAAGCCAUUGGCCUAGCAGGAAGUGUUUCUGAGAUUAAAAGCGGUGCAAGUCCUAAAGGUCCAGAGGAGCUUAAAAGUACUUCUGUUGAGAAAGAGAAGUCUGGUCCUGGACCAAUAAUUAUACCUCUAGUUCUGAAGAUGGCUGAAUUUGAUCAUAAUACGUUACUAGAGGAGUGGUUCUCAACUUAUACAUUUAGCGAUAAACUUCUAGGCCAGGACAGAGAUAAGCUGAUAAGCAACUUAAACACCAUUCAGGACUAUCUUUGCUCAUUCAACUCCAAGGGCUCGACAGUUCUCAAUCUAUCAGCAACUACAUUCAACCCAACAUUGGAUUGGCUGCAUGGCUAUCUUCUUGAGUCCCAAGCCAACCCAAACUGUGACAGCUACAUAACUCAGUUCCAGGUUCCCUUGAUCCUACAACACGUUCUUAGUGGUUUUAUUCCACCGGCUCAUAUUGUUAUCGUAUCUCUUUCCAGCAUAUCGAGCAAGGCAUUUCGCCGCUGUCCAAUGACAAUGUCAGGCGGCUUGUGGAAAAUUAGACUGCAUUCCAUUCAGAUGUUAGCCAGCUCAAAGCAGGCAUGA